AUGUCGUCCCCUGAGAAAAAGAGAAAGAAGAAAGCGGCGAAGAAACCGACCCCAAAUGUGUAUAUUCCCGAUGAUUUGCUACUGACCUGCAUCGCGCCACGGGUCUCGAGAUUCUGCUACCCGACUCUCUCGCUCGUCUCCAAGAGCCUUCGUUCUCUCGUUGCUUCACCGGAGAUAUACAACACUCGUUCCCACAUAGACCGCACGGAGAGCUGUCUCUAUGUGUGCUUAUCGCUCCCUCCUAACCCUAACCCUAGCUGGUUUGCUCUAUGCCCGAGACCUAAUCGAAACCUAACCAAGAAGAAUAAACAAAGUAGCAAAAUAUUGGUUCCUAUCUCAUCUCCUCAUUUAACUCCUGUUCGGGCUAGUUUUGUCGUUCUUGGUUCUGAUAUCUACGAAAUUGGUGGACUCAUCAAUGGCGUGCCUUCCACUAGAGUCUCCAUCUUUGAUUGUAGGUCUCACUCGUGGCACCAAGCUCCAGACCUACAGGUGGCCAGAGAGUACCCGUACGCCACUGCCACCGAUGGAAAGAUAUAUGUUAGUAGAGGCCUUGAUUCCUGCAAUUCAUCUUACCAGGUAGAGGUUUUCGAUCCAAAAACCAAAACCUGGACAUAUGAAUCUAGAGAAUGGUCCGGCUGGAAAUCAUCAAUGAGUGAGUAUUAUGGAUCAGCAUCGCGGUUAUGUUGUUCUUGCGUGAUAGGUAACGUGGCGUAUCUCUACCAUGAGGGAGAGUUCAAAUGGAGUACUUGUAGUAAUGUUCAGUUGGCGGAUUAUGGUGGAAAGAUGGCGGUUUUAUGGGACAGGCAUGAUCGUUCUAGCAACUUUAAGGGAAGAACUGUUUGGUGUGCGAAGAUCGCGCUUGAAAAACGUACUAGUGAAGAGAUUUGGGGGAUGGUCGAGUGGUGUGAACCUGUGCUUAAAGUCCCCGGGUCUGUUUCACUCGUGGAUGCUCUUGCUGCUUGUGUUUGA